AUGGAAGAACCCUUCGCCGAUACGAUGGAGAUGGCAUCCCCCUACACUGGCCAUGUCGAUGACUUCGAAAUAGACAUCGACAUCAUGGAGGACCAUCCUGUGACUGCCGACAUCGAUUUUGACGUCCAGGAUGCAUCUCCUGCGGCAGGAGAGCAACCACAUGAUGCCGAUAUGAUGGACGACGUGCCUGAAGUGACAGUGACGAACACGUCACAAUAUGACACGCAAACACGUUUACAAAAUAAUGACACAUUCUAUUCCGCCCAAGAAACGUAUGAGUCUGAAAUGGUCGACGAUGAAAUUGAAGUGGCAGGUGACGCCCUCAUCGUGAAUACCGAGACAGCACCGGCCGUAGAAAGACCCAACGAAGAAAAUGGUUCUGCGCCUCAUGACGCUCCCGAAUUUUUGGAUGUCCAGGACAACCAAGAUGCAGGCUCUGGAGAUAGUUCGAAUAUCGAAAAUGGUGGCGAUCGCGUGCUCGAUGAAUCAAAAGAAUCUGACUAUCAGGAUGAGACUACACGCCUUCAGCCUUUGACUAACAACACACAUGAACAAGCGGAUCAACUACACGCUGGUGCCGACCUAGCUCAGCCAGCAGAUCAUACUGAGCAUAAAGUCGACUCCGUUGUAGAUGAAGUCGAAGUAGACGCCACAAAAGCUUCCGAAGAGGAGGCAAUUCUAGCGAAUGAUAAUCACGCAGACUAUGAGGUAGUUCCAGCUGGACCUCGCUCUCCAGAAACGGCACAUGUUUCGGAAAAGAAAGAAAAUAGGGAUUUUCUCCAUUCUGUUAAAGAUGAGGACCUGGCGUACGAAGGCAUGGAUCGCCUUCUAGGCGAAUGUCGUACCAUCCUUGGGGAUCAUACUUCUGAUUCGGAAUCAUUGGUUUUUAACGUUGAGUCGCUUGGCAUUCAAUUAAGCGAGGAUAAUAUUUUUACAAAAAAGGUGACACUUUCGCAGCUCGUAGAACUAUACGUCAAUCUCUGUCGUAACGAAGGUGUUGGACAGCCCGAACCGCUGUAUCUGACACUGAACACAAGACCUAACCUGGCAGCAGAGGUUUCGACUUUGCUGAAAGCGGUGGAAGAAGGGAAAGGAAUAUCGGAAAUACAGAGAUGGGACGAAUACGAACAGCAAAAUACUGAACAGCUCGGCGACCCUCACCAUACAAUUUCGUCCCAACUGCUAGCCAAUGAGGAUGACGACGACGAAGAUGAAGGAAAGGCUCGUGCAGACGAUAAUGGAUUGUCCGAGGACGAGAAGGCUGAACAGACGGCUGUGACUGAUUUCGACGAUCAAGAUGACGGAAAAUUUGAAGAGGACGUAGGAAAUGUUGGAGCAAUUGAUGCCACACCUAACCAGGCAGUCUCGAACGAUCCUGAAUUGGAACACAAGGAGCAAGAUGAAGUAGACUCAAAUACCAUCGAACACGAGUAUGAAACGGCAAAACAGGAAUCCCGGCAAGAAGGUCAAUACGACUUUGAAGACCACAGUGACUCUACUGGCACGUUGACACAAGCUCCGCCAGAGCAGCCUGAUGAUCAGCAACCCGAACUGUCGAAUGAACCACAGCAAGUCGAUGACAAUAACGCCGAGACCGGCUUUGGCGAUUAUGACAAUGCAGAUUUUGCUGCGCAAGGCGAAGUUGACAGCGACCUAAGAGAUCUUGUUUCUGCACAACUUGAAGAACAAGCAAAAUUUGAUGCAGAAACUAGCCCUGACGAAAUCAACUAUAGUACGCAUGCCAAUGCAGAAUUUAAUCCUCUGCUAACUAGCAAUGCUGACGAAGGCGUUGCGGAUGAGAGUUACGAAGAGUAUGUUGAGGAAGAUGGAGAAAAUGCCGGUGAAGGAGACUACGAAGCAGAUACCGGUGGAGCAGGUUAUGAAGAAGAUAUUGAUGAGGAGUAUUAUGACGAAGAGGAAGGGGAUUACGGGGAUGAACCUGAAGAAGAAACUUCUAAAAAUCCUGUUCCGCAGCCAGAACAAGCUGAGGAUUCUAACACAGUCCAAUACGAUGUUCUAGUAGAGUCUAAUGAAGAAAACAGACCGCUAGCUCUCUCGGAAGCGAAUGAUGAGCAGCCAGAUGAUUUGUAUGAUACGAAGGAAAUAGCCGAACCUGAAAACCGUGCCUCUGAGAGUGUUCGAUCGACUGCGGGCCUCCCAGAUGAUGGUUUGGGCUUGGAUGAAGAUAUCUUCGCCGACCAAGAAGAGUACGUGCAGGAAACGACUGCAGACCAGCCUACAGCAAUCAGCCUCAACGAUUCCACCAACGAUGGUCUUGAUGACCUACAAUUUGAGGACGACUACGAAGAUGCCGAGGAGAACAUAACCGAGAGCACUGCGCCGGAUACGAAUCCUCUGGAGCGCCAAGAGUCCAGCACCGGGAAACGUGCUCGUGCGUCAGAAGACGAUGAUGGCGACUUUACAAAUGCAUCAACUUCAGACGCAAAACGGACCCGAUCAUCCUAA